GAUGGAUGAUGGACGUGUUCCUGAAGGCUGCGGUCGUGCAGAAGCAGCUGCAUGGGUGGCGCUGAGCCUGUCCUCUGUGCUUCCAGGAGGCUUUCUGUCCGAUGCUGGCUGGUAUGGAGAUGCAGAGAAAGUGUUUCUAUCGUGCCUACAGCUGUGCACGCUCCACAGCGAGGUGCUGCAUUGUUACCGAGCCGUGGAAUGCUGCGUCAGGCUGCUUCAUGUCCGCAACGGAAACUGCAAGUACCACCUAGGGGAGGAGACGUUCAAGCUUGCUCAGUCCUACAUGGAUAAACUAGCCAAACACGGCCAUCAGGCCAACAAAGCGGCGCUGUACGGCGAGCUCUGUGCCUUGCUCUUCGCCAAAAGCCACUACGACGAGGCAUACAGGUGGUGCAUAGAGGCUAUGAAGGAAAUUAGUCCAGGGCUGCCGGUCAAAGUAGUUGUAGAUGUUCUCCGACAAGCGUCCAAGGCUUGCGUGGUGAAGAGGGAGUUUAGAAAAGCGGAGCAGCUGAUCAAACACGCGGUGUUUCUAGCCAGGGAGCAUUUCGGACACAAGCAUCCCAAGUACUCCGACACGCUGCUAGAUUAUGGUUUUUACUUGUUGAACGUGGACAACAUUUGCCAAUCGGUUGCGAUUUACCAGACGGCCCUGGACAUCCGGCAGUCUGUGUUCGGGGGGAAGAACAUCCAUGUGGCCACAGCCCAUGAAGAUCUGGCCUACUCCUCGUAUGUUCACCAGUACAGCUCUGGGAAAUUCGACAACGCUCUUUUCCAUGCAGAACGUGCCAUCGACAUUAUCACCCAUAUCCUGCCUGAGGACCAUCUUCUGUUGGCAUCUUCCAAGAGAGUCAAAGCACUAAUUCUGGAGGAGAUCGCCAUCGACUGCCACAACAAAGAAACAGAAGAGCGCCUCCUGCAGGAGGCCCACGACCUUCACCUCUCCUCACUGGAGCUGGCCAAGAAGGCCUUUGGGGAAUUCAACGUUCAGACAGCCAAACACUACGGCAACCUCGGGCGGCUCUACCAGUCCAUGAGGAAGUUUAAGGAGGCGGAGGAGAUGCACAUCAAAGCCAUCCAGAUCAAGGAGCAGCUGCUGGGCCAUGAGGACUACGAGGUGGCUCUGUCUGUGGGUCACCUGGCCUCCCUCUACAACUACGACAUGAACCAGUACGACGACGCAGAGAGGCUCUACCUGCGCUCCAUCGCCAUCGGGAAGAAGCUGUUUGGUGAAGGCUACAGUGGCCUGGAGUACGACUACCGAGGCCUGAUCAAGCUCUACAACUCAGUGGGGAACUACGAGAAGGUCUUUGAAUACCACAACGUACUGUCCAACUGGAACCGGCUGAGGGACCGGCAGUUUGCCGUAGCAGACGCUCUGGAGGACGUCAACACCACCCCCCAGCAGACCCAGGAGGUGGUCCAGGCUUUCCUCCAGGCGCAGAGCCUCGGCCCCUCCCGCCCAUGUCUUGGCUAACCCCCCCUCCGAACACAAACACUCACCAUUUCCAAAAUGAAGAAAAUCAGACCAGGUUUGAGUCUGGAAAGACCCCUGAUGUGAUGCUUCGUUUGCUCACAGCCAAUUAGUCCAGUAGAUGAACUUUGACCUCUGCAGCUGCUCGGCUGCUGCCGACGCUGCUCACACACACACACACACACACACGUGCAGUCAUAAGGGAGACGCAGCCAGGCGAGGAAACGGGACGGCCUCUCCUCUUCCUCACUCGCCUUCAUCCUCAUGCUGAGGAUCAGGGGGCUCCUUUAGGACGGGGGGGCUGAUGAUGAACACCCCUGAUACUAAACCAUGGUUACCAUGGCGGUAACACAUGGAUAUUUUUCACACUCAUCCAGUUACUCAUUACAGCUUAUUGUACUUUUUAGUUGAAGCUUCCUGUAACUUUUUUUUAAUUGAAGUGGACGUCAAUAAACUCCUGCUUUUCAACUGCUUGUUGGAGUCAAACAGCCAACAGUGGAAUGUGUUUAAACCAGCGGCUUUGUUCUCCUUCUUCUUCUCGUCCCAGUAUGUCGGCCUUAUUGAAAUAUCAUCAGUAUGUACGCAGAAAUGUUUGAUUAACUAUAAAAUAUAGAUAUGUUAACGAUGGAGGUGGCAGGAGGAGCCAAGAGGGACGAGUUUCAGGGCAUCAGAGUGAGGACCACCUGAUUUCACCAUCCAAUGAGGACUGCUCUGCUAAUGCUAACAGCUAGCUUUAGCUUUAAUAAGGUGGGAAUUCGGUUAACGCUGCAAAAAAGGAAAUGCAAUGUUUUUAAAUAAGUGUUUGUUCCCUCAAUUUAAGCAAGUAAGACAAGUUACCAAAGAAAUAAGACGGUUAACAUUUAUUAUAAGAGAAAAACAAAUUAACAAUCUUAUUUAAAUGCACCAUAUGUAGUUAUCGUAUUUUAGAGCAGAAAUACUGAUUUUUAUUGGUUGAUCAUCUUAUUUACCUGCUUAAAUUAAGGGCAGAUACGCUAUUUAAAAAAACAUUUUUAGAUCUGAUUAUUUUUUUUAUUGAACAUAAAUAACUGAAAACUA